AUGGGGGCUGAGCAUCUUCAACGAGCCUCAUUCAAACUCCUGCAGAAAGCGCUGCGGUUAACCGACGGAAUCUCUUCGUCUGUGUCUGCUAAAGAAGGAAACUGCUCAAGAUCGAUGGAGAACAUCAUUGAAGAAUGUGAAGGAGUAAGAGCAUACAUUGAUGACAUCAUUUGGGGAUCUUCGCUUCAGGAGCAUAAUAACAGACUGACCAAAGUGCUGCAGAAAAUCAAAUCCAGUGAAACUAAACAAAAACAGAUGUCAGUUUCGUCAAGAGAUACAGCCAGACAGAUUGAAACUGUGUGUAGAGAGAGUAUGACUGGACGCUGUUACUGGGAGGUGGAGUGGAGUGGAGAUGGGAGAUCAGGAGUGGGUAUAUCAGUGACAAAUAAGAGCAUCAACAGGAAGGGAAAUAGUAAUGAGAGUGUAUCCGGGUGUAACGAUCAGUCCUGGAAAUUGUUCUGCUCUCCAGACUAUUGCUCAUUCUGGCACAAUAACAUUGAGACUAAACUCCCUGUAGUGUCCAGCAGUAGAAUAGGAGUGUAUGUGGAUCACAGCGCAGGGAUUUUGUCCUUCUACAGCGUCUCAGACACAAUGAGCCUCAUCCACAGAGUCCAGACCACAUUCACUCAGCCGCUCUAUGCUGUGUUUGGAUUUGAUAUGCACUCAAGGAUGAAACUGUGUUGUCUAACCAGUUAA